AUGCUCUUCGGAUUAGAGGAAUUUUUUAGAAUUUGGAUUUGGGAGAGAGUAUAUUAUAACUUAAAUGACAAAAUAACUUCGGUAAAAAAAUGGAUUGAGAAAAAGCUAGAGAAUGAAUAUAUUCGUUAUUUUAAACAUGAUGAAUUUAAAAUCGAUGAAGAAGAAAUUGGUAGAGGAAGGGAUAUCAGGAUUCUGAUGGUUCUUUCAAGUUACUUUGGGAGACAUUUGGCAUUUCUUGCGAAAGGUCAGGCCUUUGGACAUGUGAAAUUUUCAACGGUUGGGUUCUACAUUUCAAUACUUCUCUUUCAGAUGUCUGGACCUUUUGACAUGUUCUGUAAAGUUUUGAAUAGCGGAAUAGGUUUGAUUAGUACCUGGAGAUUCGAGACGGACAGAUUGUUUUUUGGAUGGGAUUAUUUCGUUUUAAGGAAAGUUUCAUUUUUUUGGACUUUUUCAAAUUACUUUUAGCAAAACAUGCCUAUUAAAUAAUUUUAUUUUCAGAUACUUUUACACAUUUUAUAUAAAGAAUUAUAUUAUCAAUACUUAACAAUGGAUAAUUUAAUAGUUAGCUAGCGUAGUAUGUAAUAUAUAACAUUGUUUGCUUUAUUAAACAUAUAUGCAAAUAAAGUGUGUUUACAACGUUGUAAAAAAUAAAUUACUACUUUUUGACUAUGUGUUUACAAUAGUAAAUAGGUACAGUGAAAUCGUUUUUACGGU